AUGGCCUCCAAGAAGAAGCUGUCUUUCGAUGACAAGAGACGCAAAUUACAAGAGUUGUUCUUUGAAACAAAGGACUUUUGGUCGUUAAAAGAGAUCGAAAAGAAGGCUAGCAAAGAGAAGGGCAUCGUGAUGCAAACAGUCAAAGAAGUCCUUGAUUCACUGGUAUCAGACAAUCUGGUCACGACUGACAAGAUUGGUACAAGCAAUUAUUAUUGGGCAUUUCCAAGUACGGCACUACAAGCGAGAAAGAACAAGCUGAAUGAUUUGGAAGCAGAGCUCAACGCAAUACGUGCAAGGAAUAGUGAUAUCAUGGCACUUGUCGAAAAGGCCAAAUAUGGACGUGAAGAAUCCGAAAGCAGAGCAAAUCUGUUACAAGAACUCCUUGCAGCAGAAACAUUGAGAAGUGACAAUCUUGCUGAGCUGCAAGCAUACAAGGAUUCUGAUCCAGUUCUUCUUGAAGCCAAAGCCAAAGCCGCAACAAACGCAAAGAAUGCUGCAAAUCGAUGGACUGAGAACAUGUUCAUGUUGCAAUCUUAUUGCAGUAACAACUUCAACCUCGAUCCGAGAGACUUUGCUUCACAAUUUGGCCUGCCUGAAGAAUUCGACACCUUUGCAUAA